CUCCGCUCUGAAUGACGCGCUUCACAACAUCUCAUACAUCGAACGCACCGAGACACGAUUGAACGUACAAUUCCCCAACAGGUUUGUAGGGCCUGUUUGGCUCUGAAAAUUAUGGACAAGGUGUGAUCUAGCUCUAUUCCACAUUAUCUCUCUCACCAACCUUCGGUUUUCUUUCAAGAUGGCGUCAUGUGUUUCCAGCUGCUCUCCAGUGGUGCGGUUCUGUCAGAAGCUGAACAGGCUAAAGACGUUGGAGGAGGAUGUAAUGGCAACGUCAUUGAAACGUUGUCUCUCCACAGUGGAUCUUGCUCUGCUGGGCGUAGGUGGAAUGGUGGGUUCAGGCUUGUAUGUUCUCACUGGAACUGUUGCGAAGGACACUGCAGGACCUGCUGUAGUUGUGUCUUUCAUCAUAGCAGGUGUAGCAUCUCUCAUGGCGGCAUUAUGCUAUGCUGAGUUUGGUGCUCAUGUACCAAAGACAGGCUCUGCCUAUAUGUUUACUUAUGUCUCUGUUGGGGAAAUUUGGGCAUUCCUCAUUGGUUGGAAUGUAAUUUUGGAGUAUAUGAUUGGUGGAGCGGCAGUAGCUCGUGCAUGGAGUGGCUAUCUGGACUCUAUUUUUAAUCACCGUAUCCAGAACUUCACAGAGAGUCAUGUGAUGCGUUGGGAUGUGCCCUUCAUUGCUCAUUACCCAGACCUCUUAGCAGCCGGCAUUCUACUUGUGGCUUCUUUUUUCAUUUCGUUUGGUGUUCGCGUCUCAUCUUGGCUCAACCACAUCUUCUCAGCAGUCAGUAUGGUGGUCAUUGCCUUUAUCUUGGUGUUUGGCUUUGUACUGGCGGACCCAGCCAAUUGGAGUGCUCGGGAGGGAGGCUUUGCACCCUUUGGAUUCUCGGGUAUAAUGGCAGGAACUGCAACGUGCUUCUACGCAUUUGUUGGCUUUGACGUGAUAGCAGCUUCCAGCGAGGAGGCCAGCAAUCCUCAGAAGGCCAUUCCUGCAGCAACAGCCAUCUCAUUGGGACUGGCAGCCACUGCAUAUAUACUGGUGUCCACGGUUCUUACGCUGAUGGUUCCAUGGCACUCACUUGACCCAAACUCAGCACUGUCAGAUGCGUUUUUCAAACGAGGAUACAGCUGGGCCGGGUUCAUCGUGGCUGUGGGCUCCAUCUGUGCCAUGAACACUGUGUUGCUCAGCAACCUCUUCUCUCUCCCGCGGAUCGUGUAUGCCAUGGCGGAGGAUGGCCUCUUCUUUUCCAUCUUCUCACGAGUCAACCCUGUAACCAAAGUCCCUGUCAUCGCCAUUCUUGUGUUUGGCAGUCUAAUGGCUUUCCUCGCCCUCAUCUUUGAUCUGGAAGCACUGGUCCAGUUCCUCUCCAUCGGUACUCUGCUUGCUUACACUUUUGUAGCGGCUAGCGUCAUAAUGCUCCGCUUCCAACCAGAUAAAAGAAGCGGUAGCUCAGGUGGAGAUGGCAUCAAGACAGAUGCUUCACCAACACCUUCACUGAACCAGUCAGGGCAGCAGGUGGGCCCAUUUCCUGCAGCGAGUGAGGCCCAGACCUUUGCACAGGAUGGUGGAGAGCUGAAGGAGUAUGAGUCAUUCUCUGAUAAACUUCAGCUGGUAGAGAGGCAGAAGGCAGUGAAGGAGAGACGGGCCCCAGGCAUGCUGAAGGCCCGCUGGGAACCAUAUCUGGGCCGCAUUCUAGGGGGCUGUGAGUCAGGGGAGGUGGUGACAUUCUCUUUGAUUGCCCUGAUGGUGAGUGGACUGUCUCUUAGUGCUGUUUUGGUGUUUGGAAAUAACCAGCUGCAGCUGCCAGUGUGGAGCUUCACCCUGCUGCUAGUCAUCUUCAGUCUGGUCUUCCUGCUCAGUCUGGGACUCAUUUGGGUCCAUGAACAGCAGCCCAAUCAAAAGACCUUUCAGGUUCCUCUUGUACCAUUUAUUCCUGGCUUCAGUAUCCUGCUGAAUGUUUUUCUCAUGCUGAAGUUAAGUCCACUAACCUGGAUCCGCUUUACCAUAUGGGUUGCAGCAGGUCUUCUGGUGUAUUUCGGGUAUGGCAUCUGGCACAGUAAGGAGGGUUUACGAGAGCAGCAGGGGCAGGAUGUGGCAGCGCGCUAUGUGGUCCUACCCAGCGGCAGUCUGGUGGAGACAGUCCAAAAUGUCCAGCCUGAAGGACACACUCACAGUACACUCACACCAGCCCAUGACAACCCACCAGCCAGCAGAUGAUCUGAUCAUGCUGAGGUGUGUUUACAGUACACCUGCAUGCCUGUUUAGUCAAUAAUGCUUGCAUUUCUUUCUCUUUUGCUUUUGUUCACUUUAUGAAUGAUGUCAUCGAAGCAUUGCUGUUCAUGUCAAGAUAAACCAAACUGUUCAUCAACAACAUGGUGUUAAAGACACCAAGUCAUUAUUUUGUAUGUAACCAACUUCCUUUUUCAACAUCUUGAUCGUAACUCUGGGCCAUUUUUCUCUGUUCCGUUCAUCUCUCUUAUGUAAUAUGUAUCCUCUGUGUUUAGCUACUUUUAACUACUAUGCUGGUUUGUAUGUAAAUUAUAUAUGAGUGUAAUUUUGUGGCACAAACUGUUUCAGGAUCUCCAUUGUCUUUUAUGGUGUUUACAUAGAGCCAGGUGGAGCCUACAAAUCCACAUGGCUGCUCUGUGAAAGCUGAAACCUUUAAGAGAGGCUGCUGUUUAUCAUUUAAACACUGAUGUUUGUUGGUGCUUAACAUAUUCUUGGGAAACUUUAUUUAAGUAGUCCAAACACUGAAAUCCACAGAAAUAUGAUAAACAGGGAGUUUAAAGGAAUAGUUCACCUAAAAAUGAGAAUUCUCUCAUAAUUUACUCACCCUUAUGUUGUUUCAAGCC